AUGAGCGCAGAGCGCAAUCCCAGCACCGCAUCUGGCAUGCAUCGCAAAUCCGUCGCCGAAGAACCAGUGACCUCUGUCCUCUCCGCUGGUGAAAUACCCAUCUACGACAGGGAAUUGACUGCCGAUGAAGAAGUCCUCGCUGCUCUGGGUUACAAACCCGAGUUCAAACGUGAAUUCUCUCUCUGGACGUCCUUUUGUGUAUCCUUCGCCGUGCUUGGACUACUCCCUUCCUUCGCAUCGACUUUGUCUUAUGGCAUGGGUUACGCAGGUACACCCGGUAUGGUUUGGGGAUGGUUGAUCGCAAUGGGGUUCAUUCAAUGUAUCGCCAUGGGCAUGGCCGAACUAUGUUCGUCCAUGCCGACAUCUGGUGGAUUAUACUAUGCCUCAGCAGUGCUCGCACCAUCGGGCUACGGUCCUUUAGCAUCCUGGAUAACAGGCUGGUCGAACUGGCUCGCCCAAGUCACAGGCGCGCCGUCAGUCGACUACGCACUCGCGUCCAUGAUCCUCGCGGCCGGAUCCAUCAACGACCCGUCCUACGUGCCGUCCAACUAUCAAGUUUUUCUUCUUUCGACGCUCCUCAUGAUCAUCCACGCCAUGAUUUCGUCCAUGCCGACGCGGUGGAUCGCCACGUUCAACUCGUACGGGAGCACGUUCAACAUCAUCGCCCUGAUUAUUGUCAUCAUCACCAUCCCCGCAGCCACGACUCGACCGGACCAGGGUCUCCCUCGCUUCACCAAGAGCAGCACGGUCUGGGGCAACUUCCACGUGGGCACCGACUUCCCCAACGGCGUCGCGAUCCUCAUGUCCUUCAUCGCCGUCAUCUGGACCAUGUCUGGCUACGAUGCGCCAUUCCACCUGGCCGAGGAGUGCAGCAACGCCAACAUCGCCAGCCCUCGCGCUAUCGUCAUGACCUCGGCCUUUGGCGGGCUGAUGGGCUGGUUCCUCCAACUCGUCGUCGCCUACACCGUCAUCGACAUUGACGCCGUCCUGGGCUCGGACCUGGGUCAACCCUGGGCGUCUUACCUGAUCGAGAUCCUACCCCAAAAGACGGCCAUGGCCAUGCUCGCCCUGACCAUCGUCUGCGGCUUCUCCAUGGGCCAGGGGUGCAUGAUCGCCGCGUCUCGUGUCACCUUCGCCUACGCCCGAGACGGCUGCUUCCCCGGCUCUCGCUGGUGGAAGCAAGUCAACCCUUACACCAAGACGCCCGUGAACGCGGUGUGGUUCAACUGCGCCAUCGGCAUCUGUUGCACCUUGCUCCUGUUCGGCGGCACGGCCUCCAUCGGGGCCAUCUUCAGCGUCGGUGCCAUCGGUGCCUUUGUCGCCUUCACCAUCCCCAUCACCAUCCGGACCUUUUUCGUCGGCAACCGAUUCCGCCGGGGGCCCUGGCACCUGGGCAAGUACUCUUACCCGAUCGGUGUGUUGUCAACCUGCUUCACCGCCCUCAUGAUCCCGAUCCUGUGUCUGCCCAGCCUGACGGGUUCCGACCUCGACGCCUCGGGCAUGAACUGGACCUGUCUGGUCUGGGGUGGCCCCAUGCUCUUGGCCCUGGUCUGGUGGGUCGUCGACGCCCACAAGUGGUUCACGGGCCCCAAGGUCAACAUCGCCCACCAGAUGUUGGGCCGGGAAGGGAACGUCCUCGAGGGCAAGGAGGAUGGCGGUGCUGCCGGCUCCGAGUCGGACAUGCUCGCCGCUUCGAGCACCAAGGGCCCCGACAAGGCCGUGGAGGUGUAG